AAAAUAACCUCUGCAAUGCCCCCAACUGUUGGAAAAUCUACCAAUAAAGAUGGACCGUCGGAUUUGAUGUCGGCGUUUGAAAAUUUGCGAUCUGAAACUGCUGGAAUCAAUAAUUUCCUUGAGAAAGGUCCCACCAUCGGUUCGAUCACGUCCUUGAGCAUUUCCAAAUUUGACAAGUUUUGUGAAAAUCAGGAUAAAGUCAACCAGAAACUGAUGCUAGCGAUUCAGAAAAUGUCCAUCGAACGUUCGAAGCGUCAGAAGAUCCAAGACGCUUUCAACAAAGAAAUGCUCGACGCAAUCAGAUCUAUGAAGAAGGCGUUUGCUCGGGAGAAGGAGGAGUUCAGCGAUGAUUUGGAGAUUUUCAAGGAGGAGCUGUUUGAGAAGCUUGAUGAGGAUAAUGAGACCUCUGAAGACGAAGAUGAGGAGGAGGAGAAUGAUGUUUUGGAUGCGAUCAAGUUGCUCCAAACUGGACUCGAUGCUAUGAAAGAGGCACAGAGGGAAUUUUUCAAGAAAGUGACUGAGGAUACUCAAGCCAUCCGGAGAAAGAUUGGCUCGAAAAACAUAAAGUUCAAUGUUAUCCUUCACGGAAGCCGAAUCCCGAUGGAACUGGACUCCCUUGACACAAUCUACACGGUCGGAAUGGCCCUCCUGAAGCACGGUGGCCUCGCACUGCAUCGCCAACGUCUCAUGCUCAAUGACAAGGAGCUUCAGUAUAAUCAAACUCUUGAGGAAGCUGGAAUUAAGGACGGUUCUGUCAUCAAGCAACAUACUGAUGAAAAGUGUGAUGAAGAUUGUGAAUGUUGUUGUUAAUUUAUUGAACUUUAUUGUUGAAUGUGGAUAUUAUUAUUAUUUGAUUAAAAGAAAGAUAAAUGUUUUAUUCAAAAAAA